AAAGCACUCACGAUUCGAUGAAAAAAGGUGACCGCUUAUAAACGGCGUUUGCUCACAGAAGAAUAAAAAAAUAAAAGCGAAAGCUAAACCCCCCCGAAAAUCGCAACAACCACCAUGGCCACCGUCUCAUCCGCUUCCGCCGCCGUAACGGAAGGCGCGAAGGCCGUCACGCCUCGGCGUACGAACAUCGGAAAGCUGCGCGUGAUGUGCAGGUACGGCGGAAGCGUAGUCUCGCUCCCGCAGGCGAAAUCGCCGCGAUACGUCGGCGGAGACACUCGGAUCGUCGCCGUCCCUCCCUCAGCGGAGACGAGCGUCGCGUCGCUCGUCAGCCACCUCGCGGUCGCGCUCGGGAUCCCGUACGAUUUCAAGGUCAAGUACCAGCUCCCCGAUCAGGAGCUGGACUCGCUCAUCUCCGUGGAGACGGACGAGGACGUCCAGAUCAUGAUGGAGGAGCACGGAUACCUCACGUGCGAGUCCUCGGCUCCUAAAACGCGCGUGAGGCUGUUUCUCUUCCCUUCGAAAUCCCGAGGCGGCGCGAGUCAGGGAGAUCUCGCUCAGUGUAAACCUUCGGUGGAGGCGGAGGGGGAUGUUGAUUGGCUGGGGAUAGGAGAGUCAAAUCCCACUCGCGAUGAGUUGACUCAGCCCGUGCUUCAGCACCCAAAGACUGACACGUGGUUCGUGGACGCGCUGAAGGGGGUGGAGAUGAUGCAGACUGGCGGGGAUAAUAAUAAUAAUAAUAGCGGGAGUAGCGGCGGAAGCGGAAGCGGCGGGAUCUGCGGACAGGAGUCGAUGAUGCUCGAGACUAAUUCGUCGUUUGGCUCCACGUCGUCCUCUGUCUCUUCCAGCAAAUUGCCUCCGAUGAAGAGCACCGGGGAGGAUAAUAAUAACACAUCGAAUCCUCAGGUUAAGUUUGCGCCGAUUGAAUCACUCACAAGCGGCAAUCAUGUGGUCACGCCAAUCUCUUCUCACGAGCUACCAACAAGCCUUCAUGUUUUGGAGACCAAAUCAUCUUCAAACCUGUACGAGCCUAACCUAAACAAACCAGUUCCAGUUUCCGGGUAUCCACCAUUUCUGAACCAAGCUCCUCAGCAACAGCAACAACAACCUAUCUACGUGGUUUACGCAGGGCAGCCGCCUUACAUGACUGGAAACUCACCUAUGACAUACCAGCACAUGAACCAGAUACACUAUCAGCUCCCGCCACAGCAAUACCCAGUCUAUUACAGUCCAGUUGAGCAGUAUAAUCCGAGGUAUGUUCAAGCUCCUCCGCCUGUGAGACACAACACCGCUUUAAACACCCAUCAUCAAGUUGGAUCCCCAGUGGCCCGCACCAGCAGCCCUCUACCUCCAGAGUUUUCCUCGCAGGUUUACCUUCCACCAAAACCUGUAGUAGAUUCAUCAUCGGUACAAGCAUCAAGUGAAGCUGCUGUUAGUACUACAUGCAAAGAUGAUUUCAGCUACAACGCUGACCUCGAUGAUGAUACAGCUCGUGCUCAGAUUUACAAAUCUCAGCCACCCGCUCCAAUAGUAUCGUCUGAGUUGCAGACAAUGAUGCUGACUGAAGCUCUGGGUCAGCUAAACACCCACAAUGGUUAAGACUUGAGAGAGAGCAUUAAAAAUCAGUUGAAGUUCGUUUUCAGGGAUCCCGUUUAAGGAUAAGAAACACAAAAAAUGGUAAUGAACGCCGAGCGAUCUUCGCUGAUGGGAGGAGAGCUACCUCUUUAACUGCGUUUGAGCUUCUUCACGAGCUCCUCGACGAUGCCCAAACAAUUCGUCUCAAGGAGUUCUUCUUCUCCGAUCCUUCUCGUUUCCCUCCUUCGCCUCAGCGUUUGUAUUGUAUACUCAGUGGUGAAUAUCCGCCUCACGUUGAUGUUUUUGUGCUGCUCGUCACUUAUAAUUUGUCAUUAGUGUUGAGUUACGUUACGUUUUAGAGAUCUUCUUGGGAUCUGUUGUUCACUGUGAAGAUGUAAUUAGUUCCCUUUUUUCUGGUCCGACUUAAUACAGAAACAGCUGGAAGUGUAACGGUAUAUGGUCAGUUGGUCACGAACAUGUUUCCCAUGCAAUUUGAUUGAAGGUUUGUGUAUC